CAACAUCCACACCAGCUACUGCUGCCUCUUAUCCAGUGCACCAUCGGCACUGGGAAAACGGGACGGAUGUAUUAGGAGAAGCCCAUACAACACCCCCCUUUUCUUUUCAAUUUUUUUUUCAAAUUUUGUAGGGGUUGACAUCUGUCUCUACAGAUUAGAACGGCUGUAAAGGGUAGAUACAAGGUUAACCAUGGGGAUCAAGUCAGCCCUUCCCAAGUAUGAGCUUUACUGCUAUACUGCUGUUCUCUCUCUUGCACUCCUAUGGGCAGCCACCUGGAUCAUUGAUGCCUCUAGUGAAAAUGUUAACAGGAAGGCAUUUCGGGACAAUAUAAAACCAGGAUGGCACUAUUUUGGCAGAAAAAUGGAUGUGUCAGAUUUUGAGUGGGUUAUGUGGUUUACCACAUUCCGUAACCAUAUCCUGUUUGCCCUCUUCGGUCACGUGAUCUUUGCCAAGAUCUGCUCAAUGCUGUCACCAAAGAUUGGUAUAGACGGAUGUAAGAACAGAUCAUUGAUCUAUAUGAUGUAUGGAUCUCUAGCUGUCCUGAUUACUAUGGGAUGGACAUAUAUCUCUGUCAUUCUGUCUCACUGCAUCGUCAUCUACAGUGUGGCUCUUAUGAAGAAGAAGUGGCUCUGCUUUGUGGCUGGACUUACAAGCCUGGCAUCUAUCAAGAUGGAGCCCUUUAACACCUGGCAGGAAGGCUUUGUGACAGGUUCCUUUGAUCUGCAAGACAUUUUGUUCUACGGAGGUUGUGGGUUUUCUAUUAUGCGCUGUAUGAGUUUUGCCUUGGAGAACUGUGAAAAGAAAGAUGGUAACUACACUUUCAUGGAUCUGAUCAAGUACAAUUUCUACCUCCCCUUCUUCUUCUUUGGACCUGUCAUGACCUUUGAUCGAUUCCAUGAGCAGGCUAACAACCCAAACUUGACUCGUAAAGAACGGGAGAUGUGGAACAUCACCACUCAUGCUUUGGUUCACCUUGGUGCUAUUUUGGUGGUGGAUGUCUUCUUCCAUUACUUGUACAUUUUGACCAUCCCUAGCGACCUAAAGCUUGUCAAGCAACUGUCUGACUGGUCACUGGCUGGUUUGGCGUACUCCAAUCUAGUGUAUGACUGGGUGAAAGCAGCAGUCAUGUUUGGUGUCAUUAAUACUGUAUCAAGACUGGACCAUCUGGAUCCUCCUCAGCCACCAAAAUGCAUCACAAUGCUCUACGUCUUUGCAGAAACGCAUUUCGACAGAGGAAUCAAUGACUGGUUAUGCAAAUAUGUCUAUGACUAUAUUGGAGAAAACCAUGAUAAUAUUUUUAAGGAGCUUAUUGCGACCAUCUGCACAUUUGCUGUCACAACUCUGUGGCUUGGCCCUUGUGAAAUAGUUUACAUCUGGUCUUUCUUUAACUGCUUUGGGCUAAACUUUGAACUGUGGGUGGCAAAGUUUUUCUCUCUGCCUCCAUUUUCUACCAUUGAGAGGAAUAUUUUAUCUGAGGCGAUGUCAAGACGAAUCAGGGGCUUGUUUAAUGCAGUCAACUUCUGGCAAAUUGUCCUGUAUAACGUCCUGGCACUGAACAGUCUGGAUUUUGCUCAGCUGGUUGCUAAGAGACUGCUUUUUAAAGGCUUCCCCAUAUCCACUCUUUUGGUGCUGUUUGUGACUUACUGUGGUGUGCAGCUGAUAAAGGAGAGAGAGCGAAAGCAAGCUCUGCUGGAGGAACCAGAACCAGCACCCACCCCAGAGUCGGGCAAACUGAAAGCCGAGUAAAGGACAGAGAGGUCAUUGAAUCUGAUCCAACUCUUGAGGUCCCUCUUGUUGUUCUGCCCCAGAGCGUCGAUGCCAGACCGCUACAGUCCUGUCACUAUGGUCACGGCUUUGGACAAAUCUGUUUUAAAAACCUGAGAUGUUUUUAACUGUGAAUAGUUCUGAAGUGCACUUGCUGUAGCCAAAAAGCAGCCUGUCCUCUGAUGUAACCAUACAGACAAACCAAUAAGUGCAUUUUUUAUUUAUAUUUUAAAUGGAUAUUUAAAAACAUGGGCUUGUCAAAUAUUUUAUGAAUAAAUAAUAUAUUGAACAAUAAAAGAAAAUGUAAAAUA